GAUAUAAAAAAAUGGUAAACCGAACUAAGGAAGAAAAUUAUAAAUUAUUCUGUUUGUUAUUCACAUGAACACAAUGUCAUGCCGUGCUUGCAAGCCUAUUUGACAAUUAAAUAUUAACACAAGUUUAUCUGGGUGGUUUAAAACGGCAAAUAAUCGCUCACUCGCAACUUAUUCUUUUGCUUGCAUUCACCUCUGCUUAUGUAGUUGAGUAAUUUAAAUAUUCUUCCUGAUGGAAAACGCGAGUCUUAAUGACAGUGACACAUCAAAUGGAACAAUUUACAUAAGUUCGCAGUUUAAUAUCGGCAAGGAAGACAGCACAUGGAUAGUGAGUAACUCCUUCAUCAUCUUCACAAUGCAAACAGGAUUCGGAAUGCUGGAAUCCGGGUGCGUUUCCCUAAAAAAUGAAGUAAACAUUAUGAUGAAAAACGUCGUCGACAUCUCGCUGGGUGGACUUACUUACUGGAUUUUUGGUUUUGCGAUGAGUUUUGGGUCCGGGCCGCCUACUAAUCAGUUCAUUGGAACCAGUGGAUUUUUCAUUGAUCCCACAGUUGAUGACCAACUUAUGGGUCCUAUUUGUGCGGCAUUUAUAUUUCAGUUAAGUUUUGCUACUACUUCUACGACCAUUGUCAGCGGUGCUAUGGCAGAAAGAUGUAAUUUCAAGGCUUACUGCCUAUUUUCCUUCUUCAACACCAUCGUGUAUUGCAUACCAGCAGGGUGGGUAUGGGGUGACCACGGUUUCCUCCACAACUUGGGAGCAGUCGAUAUCGCCGGGUCAGGACCAGUUCAUUUGGUCGGUGGAAUAUCAGCGCUAGCUUGUGCAAUAAUGCUAGGACCUCGUCUAGGUCGCUACGACUACGGUCUGGAUUCUCUACCGCUGGGAUCUCCAGUAAAUGCGAUCCUGGGACUGUUUGUUCUCUGGUGGGGCUGGCUAGCAUUCAAUAGUGGAAGCACUUAUGGUGUUACAGACGACAAAUGGAAGUAUUCAGCACGCGCUGCUGUUUCUACAGUGAUGGCCAGUAUUGGCGGAGGAGUAGUUGGACUAUUCUUCAGCUUGAAUAGUUCCCAGGGAAUAGAUAUUCUCAGCCAAAUAAAUGGCAUCCUUGGAGCUCUGGUUGCUGUCACAGGCGGCUGCUUUUUAUACAGAGCCUGGGAAGCUAUAAUUGUUGGUGGAGUCGGUGGAUUUAUUACCUGCUUCACCAUGCCUCUAUUUGAUAAACUGAGGAUUGAUGAUCCUGUUGGUGCUUCGGCUACUCACGGCAUUACUGGCAUGUGGGGAGUGAUUGCAAUAGGCCUGUUUGCUGAUAAUCCAUGGCCUCUAACCACAACAAGCGGCAGAAGUGGACUUUUCAAAGGUGGUGGGUGGUAUUUAUUAGGAAUUCAGAGUUUCACUGUUCUAUGCUUAGCAACGUGGUCCUUUUUUUCUUCAAUUACUCUAUUGUGGAUUGUUAAUAAAAUAAUACCUUUGAGGAUGUCGAUGCGUGAAGAACUACUGGGUGCUGAUUUAGUUGAGCACAAAAUAAAGCAUUCAAAGAUUGGAGUGAGCAGAGCAAUGUCGGCAUUAAGACCUUUUACAGGAGAAAAAAAAUUGACUGAUAUUUUAGACAUUGGUGUCAAUCCAGGACAUGAUUUUUUUGUUAAUAAUUACCGUAAAUCUAAACGUAUGAACAAUUUUGUUAAAAUUAUGGCCCGGAAAAAAUCUAAUCGUUCACCACUGGCGGUUAAUACUAUUAAUCAAACACCAGUUAUUAAUACUCUAGCAUGGGUUAAUUAAUUAAGAGCUUACUAUUGAGUAUUUUUAAAUUUUUAAAACUAUUAAUAUGAAUAUUUAUAAUUAAAUAAUUAACAAAAAAUAAUCUAAAAGUCUAAUUCUACCAAAAAAUUCU